AUGAAAUAUACAUUGAACUGUCAAGCAAUAUGUAAUCACAAAGGACAAUUUCUAAAUGUUGAAAUAAAAUGGCCAGACAGUGUUCAUGAUGCUCAGGUUUUUGCAAAUUCUGAUGUAAACCAAAUGUUCCAAAAUAAACAGAUUCCAUUGGUACUGAAAGAACUCUUGCCUGGUGAAGAUAAAGUUCCCCCAGUUAUUUUGACUGAUCCUGCAUAUCCACUUUUACCAAACGUAAUGAAGGAAUAUGCUUCAUGCACUAGCAAUGAACAGGUAAUUUUCAAUGAGUUGUUAUGGUCAGCUAGGAAUCUAAUUGAAUGUGCUUUUGGUCGCCUAAAAGCCAGAUGGAGGAUUCUUACAAGACCAAUGGAUAUCAAAUUGGAUGAUCUUCCCAGCAUCAUUUAUGCCUGUUUUACACUCCAUAACUAUUGUGAAAUGAAGAGUACUAACAACAAUAUAAAUAAUGAUCUUGUACAUCAACAGAUUGAAAUGGAGCAGCAAAAUCAAAAUUGUGACCAUCAUGCUGUCAUUGAUCAGCUUUAA